ACUUGAUUUCUUAGUGCCAGAGAAACAUAAACUGAACAGCCUCUUUUAUGCUGAGUACGGCCUCAACAUCUGUGCGCGCACCAAAGUCAGCUGCUUACUGUCAAGUGCAUAAUUUUUUCUCGCUUGUUUUUUAUGUUUAUGAUCGCCGUUUGCUUUAGCAUGCGGUACAGUACAAGCAGCAGAAACAGAGGGAAUUUGAAGAGAAUUUGCUACGUGCUUUUAUCAGCGCAGCAAACAUAGUUUGUACAUGAAAUUUCGGUACUCGACACAAAAAAAGUGUUUGGAAUUGGGUCGUCGCACUUGCGGUGUACGUGCAUUAAAGGACGUCGGCAUCUACUGCUUCUGCUUCUGCCACCGCACAUCAAACACUAAACAUAACAAAAAGUGCAAAACAGUUUGUUUUUGUUUUUGUUUUUUUAUUUGCGAGUCAACAGCAAAGCAAAGCAAAGCGCGUCUCAUAUUCACCUUUGUUGGUUUAUGCUGUUUGUUGUUGUUGUCGCGUUGUUGUUGUUGUGUUGAUUGUUUUGCUUCAACUCGGAUCUGUUUCGUUUGUUUAGCUACUCGCAGAGUAUUUAAGCGAAAGCACAGUGUCGGCUAGCCAACAUUCAACUCAAAGUCAUAAACAAGUGAAGACGUCAGAAGUAGAAGUAAAUUAAAACAACAACAAAAAGCCAAGUUGUGUAAUUUAUUUUGUGAAAAAUAGCAAAUAGAAAAAAAACGUUAAGCUAAUUUUUAAAAGAAUUAUAUUUGCAUUAUAUUUGAAUUCGAUUUAAAUCAAUUAAAUUUAAAUUAGUGCGAAAUGAGUGCUUUAACAAAUCUCAUCAAACAGAACAAUUGCCGUGCUUGGCCACAAGCAGCUCAGCAAGUUGCGGGCUUUUGGAGUAGCUCAAGCAAGGCGAAUUCAAAUUCAAAUUCCGUUUCGAAAGGCGAACGAAAGACGACCACUGAACGUGUAGUUGAAUUCAAGAACAAGUUACGUGCUAAGACACCACUUGGCAAACUGGAUGAGCUGUCACGUCAUCCCUUCCAAGAACAGGAACCACUCAAGCCAUGGCCAAACAAUGUUAAUCCAUACACAGGCGAAAUUGGUGGACCUGCCGGACCAGAACCCACACGUUAUGGGGACUGGGAGCGUAAAGGGCGCGUAUCCGAUUUCUAGUCACAGCAUGCUCUAGCUACUGCAUCCUGCUACUUAAGUACAUAAGUUCCACAUAUGUUAGAUAAGCCAUAAGUCGGUCGCAUAGAUAGGCGUUAAUUAGGAUAAUUUGUGCGCUAGAUUGAUAAGCAGCCAACACCAGAGAACCCAGAUCCAAGCAACGAUCGUAUACAGUGAUUAAGUAAAUUAUAAUAUAUUUAUAUAUAAGUUAAAAAUAUAUUAAAUGAAUAGUGAUAAAUGUUA